CGGAUGCCCAUCCCCAACUGAAGACCCCCGGCGCACAACUCAGGAGCGACGCGGACUUUUUGCAUCACUUAAAGACACAUUUGUGGAGGUGUACGGUUUGCAAAGCAGGAGAGGAAUACAGGAGUUUAAGUUUAUUUAAAGAGGAGACUUUUUUUUGCAAACGAUGGCCAACUCUGGUAUUCAGCUGUUGGGAUUUUUCCUGUCGUUAAUUGGCAUCGUUGGACUGAUCAUCGGGACUAUCCUGCCGCAGUGGAAGAUGUCAGCGUACAUCGGGGACAACAUCAUCACAGCGGUGGCCAUGUACCAAGGACUGUGGAUGUCAUGCGCUUUCCAAAGUACCGGACAGCUCCAGUGUAAAAUCUACGACUCCAUCCUGCAGCUCGACAGUUCACUUCAAGCCACUCGUGCCUUGAUGAUAGUUGGGAUCAUUGUGUCCAUCGCAGGUCUGGGUGUGGCCUGUAUGGGAAUGAAAUGCACCACCUGUGGAGGGAGCGACAAACUGCGCAAGUCCCGCGUUGCCAUGACAGGAGGCAUCAUCCUGCUAGUGGGAGGGCUGUGUGCCAUCGUGGCGUGCUCCUGGUUUGCUCAUAAUGUGAUCCGGGCAUUCUAUAAUCCCUACACUCCAGUCAACACCAAGUUUGAGUUUGGCGCUGCCAUCUUCAUCGCCUGGGGCGGCUCCCUCCUGGAUGUCCUGGGUGGAGCCAUGUUGGCUGCUUCCUGUCCACGAAAGAAACAGGUGUCCAAGUACCCGUCCAUGGGUAGCUCCCGCUCUGGUCCACCAAGCAGCACUAAAGAAUACGUGUGAGAGCGCCCCCCCACAGUUUGGGACUCCAACAGAAGCUGACAAAGAAGCCCCUCCCUCCAUUUUUUGCAGCACCAGCGAGGAGUAAAACUGAAGGUGUAUGUGAAGUUGUGAAUCAUAGAGGCAAAGAAUUACAGACUUUCUUUUCUUUUUCUUCAGGCAGACCUUUGAUAACCCCUUGAUCAUCAUGCAGCACUCUCAAUUGUUUGAUGAAUGAUGUCUCACACCCCGUCCACACAUUCCACAAUUGUUUACAAGUGAUCUUCACAAAUACAUUAUAAUUGGAUCCCCUGACUUAAUGGACAAGCCCUCGGGGUGUAACCCCUUGAAUUGUAGCCUAAAUGGUGGAUUAUAGCCAACACUUGCACCUCUGCGUUAGAACCAGCAUCUAUUAGCAUUUGCCAUGUAAUUGAAAGUAAUCAAUUCCUGUUUCUAGGCUGCGACUCAGGGGCUCUGUACAACACAGACACAGGGUGACAAUACAGUGUUUUAUAAAAACCACUGGUGGUUCCAAAAUAGAUGUUACAAUGAGCAGGGUGUGACUUCACACACAGGGCUCACUGUGUAGGGUGGCCGUAUCACACAGGCCUUUUACUACAACACUCGCUACAGGCACUGCAGCUCUUCAUACCAGUCUGUUACAAACCCUGCUCAGAUAUGAAAUAUUUUAUUGUGUAGUCACUGUGCCAUUAUCACUCUAAUAGCUUCCAUAUCAGCCACUAUGAGAUUUAACUGCCUCUAUUUAUUUUGACAAACGUAGGAUGAGGUUUUGGCUCCUGUGUAGGUUUAUAUAACAGGUAGAUCAUUGUGGCCCAGCUCUAGCUUUCAGAGAUUAUAAAUAUUUUUAUUAAGAUGUUUUGUGCUCUGAACAGUAUCCGCUGUAUUUUUAAAUGUCAUAGUUUUAUACACUCGACUCAUUUAGCACAUAAUGGUGUAAUAAAAAUAUGUUAACAUGUCCAUUGAUACUUAAAUAAUAAAGAUAUUGCAACAUUGUUAAUGCUUUGGUGACGUAGUAGCUGAUUUUAUAGUAGUUUUUUCCAUUGACACAAACAAUAAAACUGUAUUUCCUUUUGCGAGACAACAGAUGUUGCACAUGAUGCUGCGUUCUCCAAACUAUCCAUAUACACAACAAGCUUAGACAAGAAAAACAAGAGCAACAAAUCAUUAAGAAAAUAUUUUUAAGUCGCCCUUCAGACAAGAACGUGUUUUGCUUAUUUUUUACUUUCACUUCACUUUCUAUUUUACUUAAAUGUGGAAAGGUGAGCAGUGCCGGACCAACCACAUUUGGAGCCCGAGGGAAGCUUCCCCUGACUUCCCAUAUCCUUUGAUCCUGGCAUUCAUGUGGAUGCCAAUUGAAGCACUUCACUCAUCCAAACACUGAUGCAGACCGAGUUCCCCCCUUAAUGGCAAUAACACUCCUGGAUGGCAGUGGACCCCCAGCAGAACAUGCACCAUGCCUCACCACAGAAAUGGCCCGAGGAGUGUGUCAAAGAGUGCAAGGCAUCAACCUGGCCUCCAAAUUCCCCAGAUCCCAAUCUGAUUGAGCAUCCGUGGGACGUGCCAGUACCCCACCUCACAACCAACAGGUCUCAAAGGAUCCACUGCCAACGUUAUGGUGCCAGACUCCAAAGCAUACCCCCAGAGGUCCUGCUGUCCAUGCCUUGACAUGUCAGGGCCAAGUCCAAUCUAAAAAGGCCCCACUGUGGAUUGGGGGUACCACUGGGGUACCAGCACGUCCCAUGAAUACUCAAUCAGAUCAGGAUCUGGGGAAUUUGGAGGCCAGGUCGAUGCGUUGAGCUUUCUGUCAUGUUCUUCGGGUCAUUCCUGAGCAGUUUUCACAGUGAGGCACGGUGCAUUGCUCUGCUCGUGGGGCUACUGUCAUCAAGGGGGAAAAUUAUAUCGUGAAAUUUUUCGACUCUAUCUUGAUACACAACAUUAUUGCUAUUUUUGAUUCUCCUCAAAAGUACUUCAUCCUGGUCACUUUCUGACCAAAUACUCUCUUUGAUGAGACAAAGUUAUGGGGAUGACUAAUGUUUUUGUUUUUUCCAGAAAAUAUUAACACAAUGAGAUUUUUGAUCAAUAAUCAUCAAUAAUGUGGGUAUAACGAACUGAGUGGGUUAAGGCAAGCCUAAGACAAAUUGAAAAGUCUGAUAAGUUGAUACAUUUACAUCUUUUUGCCUUUAAAAUGAGGGGAAAAGCACCAUUUAUGCUAUAUCACGAUACAAUAUCCAAAAUCAAAGAUGAUAUAUAUAAUCUCAUACCUCGAUAACAAUAUCUUCACAUUGCCCAUCCCUAAUAUAUUUAUAUACACAUAUAUGUAGGUACAGUGUCAGAUGUAAACAUUCAUGGCGUCCUCCUCGGCUGAGGUGUAAUGUUAGCUAGCUCAAUGUUAGUUAGCUAGCAAGGUAAGCUAACAGAUAAGUGUUAAAUG